CUGCGAUCGACUUUCGCCGCCGCAUGCGUUGCUAAAAUGGCGGCUUCUCCUCACACCCAGCAGAGCGAAGGUUCAGCUCCAGUUCAAGGCGGUCCAGAUGGAUACAGGGAAGUGUGUUUUGACCGAGUAGUUGUGUGCUUGGUUCCCAGGCCGCCGAGACUGGGGACUACUACGGGGAUCAUGGCGCGCGGGUUGCCGUACGACGCGACCAAGAACGAGGUGGCCGAGUUCUUCUCUGGCUGCCGCAUCAGGAACGGUCAUGACGGGAUCCACAUUCUGGUGGGUCAGGAUGGGCGGCUGCAGGGAGAAGCAGUGAUAGAGCUGGAGGGACAGGAGGACCUGGACAAGGCCAAGCAGCUCAACAACCAGAUGAUGGGUCGGAGGUACAUUGAGAUCUCUCCUCUGAGCCAGGCAGCGGCUGAUCAGACACUAGCCAGUCAACCAGGAGGAAGUAGCACAGAGUUUGUGGUCCGUCUGCGAGGCCUGCCGUACUCGGCGACCUCACGAGAGAUUCUCGACCUCCUCAACGACUGCCAGGUCGCGGGCGGCGACAAGGGGAUCCGUUUCUCCUUCGCUCCCGACGGCCGGCCCUCGGCGAGGCGUUUGUGGAGCUAGCGUCCGAGUUAGAUGUGAGUAAGGCCCUGGGGCACAACAAGGAGCAUAUGGGGAAACGAUACGUGGAGAUUUUCAGGGCCACCAAAGGGCAGUUGGAGUGGGAAGGCCGUAUGUCGGAGAAAGUUGGUGGGGGAGCUGGGGGAGUUGUGAGACUGCGGGGGUUACCUUUCAAGUGUACAGAGGAAGAUAUUCGACAGUUCUUCCAAGAUAUGCCGAUAGUAGCUGGAGGUGUGACAAUGCAAGUGGACGCGGAGAACCGAGGGACUGGCGAGGCCUACGUGGAGUUUGUGAGACCAGACGACGCCGAAAAGGCUCUGUACAAGAACAGACAGAUGAUGGGACACAGAUACAUAGAGGUGUUUCGAAGCACCCACACGGAGGUCCGUCCGACCAACAUGAAGGAGACACGCUGGCGUGGAACCCCCUACAGUCGCCCACCACCACAGGGGCAGUGGGGAGGAGGAGGAGGAGACAGAGGAGGCUACGGCGGGUACGGUGGAUACGGAGCUGGCGGGUACGGAGGGAAAUUUGGGGGCGGGUACGACCGAGGGGGGAGAGGGAGGGGCCGGGGUAUGAUGCGGGGUGGAGGAGGAGGGUAUAACAACUACGGGGACGCCGGGGGAGGUCCGGGGUAUACUCCGUACCCAGAAGGAGGGUACAAUUACAACACCCCGCAGCCGGGGUAUGGGCAGUAUAAUUCGGAGUAUGGUGGCGGAGGUCCGGGAGGGGGUGGAGGUGACUCUGGACACAUGGUGGCUUAUCCCCCAAUACGACCAACCCAGGGAGGCAGGGGAGGUUUCGACGACCCUGCAGAAAAGGCUCGUCACACCAUCAAAAUGAGGGGGCUCCCCUAUUCCGCAAAGGAAGAAGAUAUAACGAAGUUCUUCCAGCCGCACGUCCCUGCCAAAGUGGUGGUGGAGUUUGAUCAGUUUCAGAGGCCGUCUGGGAGUGCAGAGGUGUUGUUUAAUACUCACGAGGAGGCUGAGAAGGCCAUGGACAAACACAACGGACAUAUGGGUCAUCGCUACAUUGAGCUGUUCCUAUUGUCUCGACCUGGUAGUGAUGGAGGGAUGGGAGGGAGGGACGGUGGAGGGGGAGGAGAGUACGGAGGCCGAGGAGGAGCUACUGGAGCGGCCAGGUACCCCCCACAGACCACCUGGGGUGAUACAAGGAGUGCUCAGCCACAGGGAAUGUAUGGUGGGAGUGCAGUGGCCAGUCAGCAGCAGCCUCAGCAGUACGUGCAGCCAUCCUAUGGUGGAUAUCAGCAACAGCAGCAGCAACCUGCGCAGCCCCAGGCCCCCAACAGUGGCCACAACAGGGAGGUUACCAGUCUUCGGGAGGCUACCAGCAGGGGGCCCUGCAGGGGGCCCAGCAGGGGCCAGCAGCCCUCCUACCAGCCCCAGAAGUGGCUAUCAGACACAGACUCAGCCAGUGUCGGGCUACCAGCAGCCUCCACCCACUGGCCAGGAUGGGUACUCCCAGCUGCAGCCUCAGACACAGUGGUACUGAGAACAGGCUCACCACAACAGCUGACCGAAAUGUGUAUAAUACUACUCCCAAUGGACUUUGGAUCACAUUUUUUUGCUAAUGAUUACUUUUCUUCUUCUCUCUGUAUUAUUACACUGUUGUUUGUGGAUUUUUAUUCAAAGUGCGCUUAUAG